UUGAUGACUCAGAGACACAGCCGGCGCGAUCAAGCUACUGUACGCGACUGGAGUUUGCCUUGAUCUGGUGCGCGGUGACAAUUGACUUCCCUAGUCCUGGGUCAGAUGUUCCUCUUCGGGACUCAAAAUCAUCGACGCUGAAGCUGCCGACUAGACUCCAACUUCAUCGUUCACAACGAUUACCCCAGUGCUGGAGGCACUAUGGCGAACACACGGACUGCCAUUGCGGCGUUGCAUUACCUCGCGCCCAUAGCAACGACUGCAUACUUUCUCUCGGCAAAGACGGUUGCGACAUGUCUCCUCCAAGAACCAUCGAAGCGCGCAGGAACGAAAUUCCGACGAUGGCCUGCGAUCGUUCUGCAAUCGACCAUUGUCACCACAAUAGUGGCAGAAGCCAUAUCAACCGGCUUUCACGCUGCCAAAGUACCAGGCUGGGCAGCUUCGCAAGAUUACAUUGUCUAUCUGGCAUUGCUAUUCGCACUGCAUGGAUCGUUAACGGUGGGCCUUGCCGAGAACUCGACACCACUGUGGCAUCCUUAUCUUGGUUCCUGGAUCGUGGCCUUCAUCUUCGAAGUACCGAUUUUCGUUCUACAAGUGACUGGUGAUCGAUCGUCAAACGGCUACGAUCAGUUGCGCACAGUCCUGCGUAUCAUUCGAGGCUCUGUGCUUCUUGCACUCUCGCUUGGCGCGGCAUGGUUCGCGCUACAGGACCGCAGACAAGGCAUACGUUUGGACAACGAGAGCGAAGCGCUUCUUGCUGAGCAGGAAGCUGCCAGUGGUGCGCAUGUAAACGGCGCAAAUGGUGCCAUCAAUGGCAACGGUGUGAAAGCGAAGGCGCGCAACUCGGAUAGACCAUCCACUACGUCCGAUGGCGAGGAUGAAGAUGAGGAGAUCAACGACGAUGCCGCAUUCGACUCCGACUCUGAGGAUCCACAGGCAGAUAAAGAAAUCAAGGAGCAACAGCAAAAGCGACUCAGAGAGUCGGGCAGCUGGCUUCGUUACUUGAGCGAUUUCAAAAUCUUCUUCUGGAUUCUCCUCCCGCGCCACGACCGAAUUGUCCAGGCUUGCUAUGUCAUUAUGUCUUUAAUCUUACUAGCAGAGCGAGCGAUCGUGAUACUGGUCCCACUAUACCUGGGUUACGUUGUGGAAGAGCUGGCAGCAGGUGCGGGCACUGGCAUCGUCCCGUGGAAGACAAUCGGCACGUGGAUGGUACUGGCUGCUCUGCAAUCUGCCGCGGGCCUGCCGUUGAUCAAAUCAAUCGUGCAAAUACCAGUGCAACAAUAUGCCUUCAAGGCGCUCUCGACAACUGCUUUUCGACACAUCAUGCACCUAUCGAUGGACUUUCACAACGAGAAGAACUCUGGAGAACUCAUUCGUGCCAUUGAGCAAGGUACAAACCUUCAGGAUCUGAUCGAUUUCUUCGCGUUCGACGUAGUUCCCAUGUUCUUCGACCUUAUCUUGGCCUUCUGGUUCGUAAGCCGUCUCUUCGACAUCUACAUGGGCUUGAUCAUCAUGACGAUCGGAUUCGUGUACAUCUGGGUAGGAGCGAAGGUCACAAGCUGGAGUAUACAGCGCAGACGAGACUACAACACAGCGUGGCGAACCGAGAGCAAAGUCCAGAACGAGGCCAUUAACAAUUGGCAGACUGUGUCCCAUUUCAACAGGAGUAACUACGAGUCGGAACGAUACAGCGAUACCGUUGAGAAGUACAACCUGGCCAUGUGGCGAUAUUGGCUUGCGUAUCAUUGCGGAGCCGCUGCGCAGUCGGCUAUCCUACUUACAGGUCGCUUGAGUGCUGUAGCACUUGCUGCAUAUCGAGUAGCACAGGGAUCUGCGCCGAUCGGUAAUUUCAUCACGCUGGUGACUUACUGGAAAUCGAUCGAAUGGCCGCUGGCGAACAUGUCCUAUUCCAUCCGCAAGGUGUCGUCAAUGAUCAUCGACUCGGAGCGCCUCUUGCAACUUCUGCUGACCAAGCCCUCCGUUGAAGACAAGCCGAGCGCGAAAGAGAUUGUGGUCACUGCCGGCGGAGUUCGCUUCGAUCAUGUGGACUUCUUUUACGACAAGAGGAAGCAGACUUUGAAAGAUAUCAACUUCGAGGUCAAGCCUGGCCAGACGAUUGCAUUCGUUGGUGAGACUGGGGGCGGCAAGUCCACUAUCUUGAAGCUUCUCUAUCGAUAUUACGAUGUCAACGAAGGCGCUAUCCUGAUCGACGGGCAAGACAUCCGGGAUGUGACGCUCGACAGCUUGCGAGAUGCAUUCGGCAUGGUGCCACAGGACCCUUCACUUUUCAAUGUUUCCAUCAUGGACAAUAUCCGAUACGCUCGACUUGACGCUACUGACGAGGAAGUGAAAGAAGCAUGCAGAGCUGCUGCGAUACAUGACAAGAUUGAGAGCUUCCCCGAUGGCUAUAAGGCUAUGGUAGGAGAACGAGGCGUCAAGCUCUCCGGCGGCGAACUCCAGCGGGUGGCAAUUGCUCGUGCUAUUCUUCGCCAGCCCAAGAUCGUGCUGCUAGAUGAGGCUACAAGCAUGAUCGAUGCAGAGACCGAGGCCGUGAUUCAAACCGCUUUCAAGCGUCUCACAGCUGGUCGCACUACUUUCAUCGUCGCGCAUCGAUUAUCGACAAUUCAGCAUGCGGACUUGAUCCUGGUCAUUCAAGAUGGGCAGAUUGUGGAAUCAGGAACGCAUGAGGAGCUUUUUGAAAACAAGGGGAAAUACGUCGCUUUGUGGUCGAAGCAAAGCAACAGAAACGUCAAGGAAGUGGAAGCUAAAUUGGAGAGUGUCAAAGAGGAACAGGCUCUGAUCGACUUUGAACAAGAUGGCAAACCCGGAAGCAGCAGCAGUAGCAGCAGUUCCAGUUCAAGCGACAGUCAUCGAGAGAACAGAUAGUGAGAUGCAUUGCAUUUGCCGGUUGGGGAUUGCUCGAGCGAUACGGUUGCAUUGUCUGCAUUGCGAAGCCUGCUAUGUCGUAGACAUUCGUGUAUAGCAUGAAGAGGCAUCUUGCAUGUAUUGUCACACUGCAUUCAGAGAGCGACGUGUGUGUAUAUAUGACCAGUAUCUGCCGUGUCAAAGUGGUCUCGGGUUAUGAC